AUGACCCCAGACCCCGGUACUGCCUCAUCACCUCGGUACAGCCUCGUCACCCCGGUACAGCCUCAUCACCCCAGUACAGCCUCGUCACCCCGGUACAGCCUCAUCACCCCAGUACAGCCUCGUCACCCCUGUACAGCCUCGUCACCCCAGUACAGCCUCGUCACCCCAGUACAGCCUCGUCACCCCUGUACAGCCUCGUCACCCCAGUACAGCCUCAUCACCCCAGUACAGCCUCAUCACCCCAGUACAGCCUCGUCACCCCAGUACAGCCUCGUCACCCCUGUACAGCCUCGUCACCCCAGUACAGCCUCGUCACCCCUGUACAGCCUCGUCACCCCAGUACAGCCUCGUCACCCCGGUACAGCCUCGUCACCCCAGUACAGCCUCGUCACCCCGGUACAGCCUCAUCACCCCAGUACAGCCUCGUCACCCCGGUACAGCCUCGUCACCCCAGUACAGCCUCGUCACCCCAGUACAGCCUCGUCUCCCCAGUACAGCCUCAUCACCCCAGUACAGCCUCGUCACCCCAGUACAGCCUCAUCACCCCAGUACAGCCUCAUCACCCCAGUACAGCCUCAUCACCCCAGUACAGCCUCGUCACCCCUGUACAGGCUCGUCACCCCAGUACAGCCUCGUCACCCCAGUACAGCCUCGUCACCCCUGUACAGCCUCGUCACCCCAGUACAGCCUCAUCACCCCAGUACAGCCUCAUCACCCCAGUACAGCCUCGUCACCCCAGUACAGCCUCGUCACCCCGGUACAGCCUCGUCACCCCAGUACAGCCUCGUCACCCCGGUACAGCCUCGUCACCCCAGUAUUGCCUCAGUGGGACUCUUCUGGGUUGACUGA